AUGUCCAACGAUGUUCAUAUGGAUGAUGCAGGCGCUGAAAAGCGGGAUGACUGGGUAAAGAUCACCAGUUCAGACGGCUACUCCUUUCUCGUGAAGCGAAGUGUCGCUGCGAUCAGUGGCACACUCAAAAACAUGCUUAGCGAGGACAGUAGUUUCAGGGAGGCAAUUGCCAACACAUGUCCGAUCAGUGAACGGUGGGUGGCGACCGACCCAUUUAGGAACCCCGCUUUGUCUUCUAAUGGCCGAAAUAGCGCUGCUGUGGUCGAGAAGGUCUGUGAGUACAUGUCCUUUAAGGCCUACUACGAGGGGCCUGGAUCCAAGGAGGGUGUUGAUGUGAAUGAGUUCACCGAACGCAUACCACCUGAGGUGGCGCUGGAACUGCUCCUUGCGGCUGAUUAUCUAGAAGGUGUGCUUGAUUCCUCUAUAUGGGGUUUACUGACCGUCGAGCACCAUGCAGUAUAA